CUCUUGAGAAGGGUAUCAGCUUGAACCUCUCGGCCUCCAAUUGCCUAUUUCUCCUCUCUUUCCCCGUCGUGUCGUUGUACGAUAGACAACUAUACCCUACACAUCUUCCUACACCAAACAAGCAAGCAGCCAUGCGUUUCUGGCCAACAAUUGUCCCUCUCCUAGCCACAGCUGCUUCUGUCGCAGCCGCCGAUGCCGACGCAGCAAGUCCCUCAGAGACAGCUCCAGCACCAGAGCCCACACCUGUUGGUCAGCUAUGGACAGGGCAAUGGCAAGAUGAAGACCUAGCUGCAUCAUCCUAUACCAAAUCAUGCCAUACCACGACAACGCACAAGGCGGCUAUCUACAAGCUCAGCGAAAUGUACCCGACGCUCAAAGUGUGGGCCCCAGAGCUCAAGGUGUUCUACAACAAGCAACAUUACCCAGGAAGCUGGGAGGGCGAAGAUGUACAUGGAGAUGGGCGGACGUUAUUGAAGAUGGAUACUGAGGAGUUGCCGUUUGCGGUUCGGGAAUGGAUCAAGAAAAACCCCAAACAGCGCCACUUCAGCGUACAGGACGAUGUCGUUUUCUUCGCCCCCGGAGCCAUCUACCCCAUUGCUCCGCUUUGGGCCGAGCAGUCGAUGAUUGAGGAUUUGGAAUGUGAAGCUAUCUUAAAUAACUUGGAAAACUACUCGGCCACACCUAAAGACGGCGCGGUGCUGGGACGAGUCAGCCAUGAGGCGACAGGGAAGAAUGAGGUCGAGUUCACGAUUAAGGCAUUCCAAGUGCAUGGAGGGCAGGCGGGCGAGGAAACCAAGAGUAGCAAGGAUGAGCUAUGA